CUACCAGCUGCUCAACAAACGCCGCAAAACGAAACGUUCCGCGAACAAACGGCGUCGGAGUGUCCGUGGACAAACCCGAACGCCGUGUCCGCUUCCGAUAGCACCGAUGUCCACUAGUGAGCCGGACUCGGCUGGAUCCUCCUCUCAUGGACUAAGAAGGCGCACAACGCACGGUUUACUGAAGCACACGGAAGCGGCAGCAACUUCUACGGCCUCCGCCUCGGAAGCAGAAGCAGCAGUGGCCGCGUUGGCUUCGAUGAUGGAACCACCAGCCAGUAUCAUCAUGAAAGCUGCUGCAGCAGCGGCGGCGGCAGCUGCUAAGGCUGCCGCCGGAUCCGUUACCACGAAAGAGGAGCCUGACUGUGGUGAGAUGAACGAUCGUGUUGCCUCCUCUGUGGACUCUAGCAUGGACAGCAGUGCGCUCGCCAGCUGCCUUUCGAGCACCAUAUCGUCCAUGCGUGGUUCUAGCAACAUGGGCACAGGAAAUGGCGGCGGGGGCGGCAACAUCAGUGGAGGAGACGAUAACCUUUCGGACAAUUCGGAAUCUACCUCUGGAGCAACGACUACCACGACAACGUCGAGUGUGGCAGCAGCCCAAUUGCUGGAAAACCUCAAACACAAUCUCAACCAUCAUAGCCACAACAACAACAAUACCAGUGUGAUCAAUAACAACAAUCCACUGCAUGCUAACAACAACAACAACAACAACAACGGCAACCGUAAGCUCUUUGAGUGUGACGUCUGCAAUAUGAAGUUCUCCAACGGGGCGAACAUGCGUCGCCACAAGAUGCGCCACACAGGCGUGAAGCCGUACGAAUGCCGAGUCUGUCAGAAGCGAUUUUUCCGCAAAGAUCACCUGGCAGAGCACUUUACAACGCACACGAAAACUCUACCCUACCACUGCCCAAUCUGCAAUCGAGGUUUCCAGCGACAGAUUGCAAUGCGUGCCCAUUUCCAAAAUGAACACGUCGGUCAGCAUGACCUCGUGAAGACAUGUCCUCUCUGCAGCUAUCGCGCUGGUACGAUGAAAUCGUUACGGGUGCACUUCUUCAACCGGCACGGCAUCGAUUUGGAUAAUCCGGGACCUGGGACACCAUCGUCGUUGCUGCUUGCACUUGAUCAGCACAAUCCGGCCAACUUGCUACCGGCGGCCUUGGCAGCCAUGAACGCAGUCAAUGCCUCAUUUGGGGACGGAGGCGCGGCGGCCGCAGCUGCUGCAGCAGCAGCCGAUACGAUGCAACGGUCGAUAGAUAACGGCACACCGCCGAUGCACUUUCUUACACCCCACGUUGAGAUCUCGAUGGAUAAUGCGGACGAUGAUAACAGCUUACCAUUGAACUGUAGCCGAGAUGGUUCGGUCGGUGCUGGAGGUUCGGCGAACAGCCAACAGGAUUUACAGCAAGGCAACCGAUCGCACAAUGGAACGCCAAUGCUGCAUUCCAACGGGCCCAGUCCGGGCAGUAACAACGAUCGCAGUACACCGACAACGUCAACCUCAUCCGCCACGAUCUCGUCUGCACUGGACAUUAAAGCCAUUGUGCGACCAUCUAACGGCGGGACACCAACUGUGGCGUCAUCUGGAUCACCGGCUGGUUCACCCCAUUCGGCAGAUUCAAAUGCUCCUUCCAGUUCCCAAUCUUCGUCGUCGUCGACGACUACCACGAUGCUUCCGACACUAGUACAAAGCUCAAGGCAUAUUAUUUUUGAUAACCCUAUUACACCAUCGAUUAGCUUAAUACCUAUUAAACAGGAACCAACAUCGAACGAUGAGUACAACGAUAUUAAACCCCGAAGUAGUAGUAACACAGAGCCACCAACCUCAAACAUCAGUAAUUCAACGGAAUGUGCUACCCCGUCGUCCAGUUUGACUUCACUCAUCAAGGUAUCGCCAUUGAAGUCAUUGUUGCGAGAAGACCUGAAACGAAGAAUCUCGGCCCGCGCAACGACACGCGGUACCCGCAACGGAAUGCUGGCCAACAGUUCCCCUAUUCCGGCCAGCAGUCCCAUUCCGAACAGUUCAAGCGUUCUUACGCCCGGUGCCGCACAGGAGGGUGGCAAUGGCAGCAACAGUUCCAGCAGCUCGAGCAGCAGCUCCAGCAGUAGCUCCAGCAGCAGCAGUAGUACGGCUGCCAUCGCUGUCGCAACUACCUCAAAUGGUACCAUCACGUCCACCGGGCAGGAGACAGACCUGCUACUAUCUCUCACAUGCAAGGCGAAACGCAACUUGCAGUGUCUUUUCUGCGGCAUUGAGUUCCCGGAUCAGACACUGUACUUCCUGCAUAAGGGAUGCCACAGUGAAAGCAACCCCUGGAAGUGCAAUAUCUGUGGCGAGCAGAUGAACAACGUGUACGAGUUCAACUCUCAUUUGCUCAGUAAAAGUCAUCAAUGAUGUUAAGCGAGGGAAAGGGAAACAGUUUACUGGUGAUGUUUCUCUUUUUCUGAUCGCUUACUACACGUCCGACACUCGUAAAUCCCACAAGC